AUGGAUGGUGCUAGUUUUGCACAGCAAGACGAAGGCUCACAGCGAACUACCGAAUUGUAUUCGUGCGCACGCUGUAGAAAAUUAAAGAAGAAGUGUGGUAAACAAAUACCGACAUGUGCAAAUUGCGAUAAAAAUGGAGCACGCUGUUCCUAUCCAGGUAGAGCUCCAAGGCGUACCAAGAAGGAGUUAGCGGACGCUAUGCUUCGGGGAGAGUAUGUCCCAGUGAAAAGAAACAAGAAAGCAGGCAAGAGUCCCUUAAGUAAUCAGAGUAUGACGGCCUCCUCUAGCUCAGCAUCAACAAAUGGCGGCGUAACGCCCGGGUUUUCACCUUAUGAAAAUGAUGAUCCGCACAGGAUGAAACAGCUAAAACCGACAGACCCGAUAAACCUUGUCAUGGGAGCCAGUCCGAAUUCUGGCGAAGGUGUCUCAUCGCUGAUUUCGGUGCUUACAUCAUUGAAUGAUAGCACCAAUUCUUCCUCGCAUUUAUCUUCCAACGAAAACUCCAUGGUCCCUUCUCGAUCGCUGCCCGCCUCAGUGCAACAAGGUUCGACAACUGCGUCAUUCGGAGGAUAUACCACGCCGUCGCCGGUUAUUAGUGGGUCGGCGCUUACGAAUGCCCAAUCUGUACCACUAGAAAACAGCAAUAACAACAGUGCCAACAACGAUGACAACAGCAAUGAUAUUGGCAAUAAUAGCAGUGCGCCACAACUUAACCUUAGCAUGUAUGCAAACCAUCCCGUUUCCAAUGGAAGAUAUGAUUCUGUACCCGUCGAUGCGUCCUCGAUAGAAUUUGAAACUUUGUCAUGUUGCUUCAAGGGCGGUAGGACAACAUCAUGGGUCAAGGAAGAUGGCUCGUUUAAAUCAAUCGAUCGAUCUCUGCUGGACAGGUUCAUCGCUGCAUACUUCAAGCACAAUCAUCGGUUAUUCCCCAUGAUCGAUAAAAUAGCAUUUUUAAACGAUGCUUCCACAAUCACAGAUUUCGAAACAUUGUGUGACAACAAGAACUACCCCGAUAGCUUUGUCUUCAAAGUAUAUAUGAUAAUGGCUAUUGGCUGCACAACUCUGCAACGUGCUGGUAUGGUUUCCCAGGACGAAGAAUGUCUAAGUGAACAUUUGGCAUUUUUGGCCAUGAAAAAAUUCCGUAGCGUGAUAAUUCUGCAAGAUAUCGAAACGGUACGAUGUCUGUUAUUGUUGGGCAUAUAUUCGUUUUUCGAGCCGAAGGGCUCUUCAUCAUGGACGAUCAGUGGCAUCAUAAUGAGAUCGACCAUAGGCUUAGGCCUUAAUAGGGAAUUGACUGCCAAAAAACUCAAGAGUAUGUCGGCCAUGGAGGCGGAAGCAAGGUAUAGAGUAUUUUGGAGCGCCUAUUGUUUCGAAAGGCUGGUAUGCACUUCGCUGGGGCGUAUUUCUGGAAUUGACGACGAAGACAUCACUGUACCUCUACCGAGAGCGCUGUAUGGAGAUGAAAGGGAUGACUUGGAGAUGACUAAGCUGAUGAUAUCAUUGAGGAAGAUGGGAGGCCGCAUUUAUAAACAAGUUCACUCCGUGAGUGCAGGACGACAAAAACUAACCAUUGAACAAAAACAAGAAAUCAUAAGUGGAUUGCGCAAGGAGCUAGAUGAUAUUUACUCACGAGAGUCAGAAAGAAGGACGCUGAAGAAUUCUCAGAUGGAUGAGGUCGAAAGGGGCAGCAGUUCUACCACCAAUGUGAUCUCUUUCCAUAGUUCAAAGAUUUGGUUAGCUAUGAGGUACUCUCAAUUGCAGAUCUUACUAUACAGACCAUCUGCAUUGAUGCCGAAGCCGCCCAUUGACUCAUUAUCUACAUUGGGUGAGUUCUGUCUGCAGGCCUGGAAACACACUUACACACUUUACAAGAAGCGGCUGUUGCCCCUAAAUUGGAUUACUCUAUUCAGAACAUUAACCAUUUGUAACACUAUUUUGUACUGCCUUUGUCAAUGGAGCAUUGACCUAAUCGAAAGUAAAAUCGAAAUUCAACAGUGUGUUGAGAUACUAAGACAUUUUGGCGAGCGAUGGAUCUUUGCCAUGAAAUGCGCUGACGUUUUCCAGAACAUCAGUAACACAAUCCUAGAUAUUAGCUUGAGCCAUGGAAAAGUCCCUAAUAUGGACCAAUUAACAAGAGAGUUAUUCGGUGCCAGCGACUCGUACCAAGACAUCUUGGACGAAAACAACGUUGACGUUUCCUGGGUCGAUAAGCUCGUAUGA